CAUUCGUAUUCGAUUAUCCUACUUGACGGUUUGAUUUGAUGAAUUCCUUAAAUUUUGUCUAUUUUGUUUAGUUUGAAAAGAAUUUCAAUAAAAAAAAAAUUUUUCACCAUCACAUAAUAAUAGCAUCAUAAUCAUGAAAGAAAUAAUCAAAUCGAAUAAGAUGAUCAUUGGCGUAUCGUUGUUUGUACUGUUGUUAAUACCUUCAUCAACAUUGGCAUUCAAUUUACCAUUCGAUUUAGCAAUGCCUGAUCUGCAUAAAUUAUAUAAACCGCUCAUCGAUUAUAAUACACAUGGUGCAUUUAAAUUUUUACGCUGUAUGGGUCCAAAUUUUGCACAUCAAUGUUCAAAACCAAUAUUGAAUUGUUUACAUCAUGAUGAACCGAUCAAUUGUAUUGAACAUUUAGAAUGUUGUCUGAAUAAUAAGGCAACCGUCACUUGUAUACAUCAUCUAAAAUCAUCAACAAUUUAUGAUAAAUUAUUUCACGUUCCAAUUGUUAAGGAUCGAUGAAUUUUUUUUCCUAUCUCGUUUUCUUCAUUAAA